AUGGAUAAGAAAGAGUCGAAUAACCAAGACGAUAAACAGUUGCCUGGAACAUUAAUAGAUACUGAUGAAAAUUGUCCUACUCCUGAUCAACCUCAUCCUCACCAUCAUCAUCAUCAUCAUCGAAGCUCAUCUAUCAAUGCUGCACCAUCCUUAAUUGAACUUCAUAUUCAUCUCGAUGGUUCUUUUCGACAUUCCACAUUAUUUGAAUUAGCUCAAAAGAAAGGUAUACAACUUCCUAAUGGAAUGGAAUCAACAAUGGAGAAUUUUCUACCAUACAUAUGUAUUCAAUCAACUUGUCAAUCACUUGCUGAAUUUCUUACCAAAUUUCCUUUUUUUACUCCAAUUGUUGCUGGUGAUAUUGAAGCACUUGAACGAGUUGCAUAUGAAUUUGUUGAAGAUCAAGCUAUACAAGGUGUACUUUAUACUGAAACUAGGUAUAGUCCACAAUUUUUAACUGACAAUAAAUUAACACCAGAACAGGUAAUCGAAGCAAUUAAUCGUGGUCUUCAACGUGGAAUGAAAGAAUUUUCUGUUGAUGUUCGAACAAUAUUAUGUUGUAUACGGCAGUGUCCCGAAUGGUCAAUGGAAGUGGUAAACUUAGCUGAUAAAUAUCGUUCAGCCGGUGUUGUUGGUAUCGAUAUUGCUGGUGAUGAGCAUAAUUAUCCAAUAGGUCCACAUGUUCCAGCAUUCAAACGUGCACUUGAACUUGGUAUACAUCGUACAGUACAUGCUGGUGAAACAGGUUCAGCUGAAUCAGUUCGUGAAGCAAUUGAAUUAUGUCAUGCGGAACGAAUUGGUCAUGGUUAUGCCAUAAUUGAUGAUCCAUCUAUAUAUGAUUUAAUACGUCGUAAUGAUAUUCAUGUUGAAUGUUGUUUAACAUCAUCAAUACAAACAAAUGCUAUUGGUAAAUAUAUACCAAAAGAUAGUGAAACAGAAGAAAAACAUUUAGUUAUACAUGGUCAUGAAAGUAAAACACGAUUACAUUCGCAUAUUAAAUCAAAAAAAGAAAUUUGGCAUCCUAUACAUCAUUUUGCUCGUGAUGGUUUAAAUUUUUCAUUAUCAUGUGAUGAUCCAUCAGUAUCACAAAUAACAAUUGAACAUGAAUAUGAACAUGCAUUAUCUGAUUUAAAAUUAACACCAGCACAAUUAACUCAAUGUGUUUUUAAUGCAGCACGUUCAACAUUUUUAAAUGAAGAUGAAAAGAAAAUACUGGUUCAACGUCUAAUUAGUACAUACAUUCCAAGUACAAUUAUGGAAAAUCAUUUUCAAAAUAAUAAUACUUCCAAAACAACAUUAUCACAGCAUGUUUAA